AUGCAGGUGUCUAUCGCGUGUACCGAGCAGAACCUUCGCAGCCGGAGCAGUGAGGACCGUCUGUGUGGACCCCGGCCGGGCCCCGGGGGCGGUAAUGGCGGGCCGGUCGGCGGGGGGCAUGGGAAUCCUCCGGGGGGAGGAGGGUCGGGCCCCAAGGCCCGGGCCGCACUGGUCCCCCGACCCCCAGCGCCCGCUGGGGCCCUCCGAGAGAGCACCGGCAGACGCACUGGCAUGAAAUACAGGAACCUAGGAAAGUCUGGUCUUCGGGUCUCCUGUCUUGGCCUAGGCACCUGGGUCACGUUUGGUUCUCAAAUCUCGGACAAGACAGCAGAGGACGUGCUGACAGUGGCCUACGAGCAUGGUGUAAACCUAUUUGACACGGCUGAAGUCUACGCAGCAGGGAAGGCUGAAAGAACCCUAGGCAACAUACUCAAGAGCAAAGGAUGGAGGAGAUCAAGCUAUGUCAUCACCACCAAGAUUUUUUGGGGAGGACAGGCAGAAACCGAGCGAGGCUUGAGCCGCAAACACAUCAUCGAGGGCUUGCAAGGAUCCCUGGAGCGCCUCCAGUUGGGAUACGUGGACAUCGUCUUCGCCAAUCGCUCAGACCCCAAUAGUCCCAUGGAGGAGAUUGUGCGAGCCAUGACCUAUGUCAUUAACCAGGGCCUGGCCCUCUACUGGGGGACAUCCCGGUGGGGAGCUGUGGAAAUCAUGGAGGCCUACUCCGUGGCCAGACAGUUCAAUCUGAUUCCUCCAGUGUGUGAGCAAGCCGAGCACCAUCUGUUUCAGAGAGAGAAGGGGGAGAUGCAGCUGCCAGAGCUCUACCACAAGAUUGGUGUUGGCUCAGUCACCUGGUCCCCUCUGGCCUGUGGCCUCAUCACUAGCAAGUAUGAUGGGCGAGUCCCAGAUACCUGCAGGGCCACCAUCAAGGCUACCAGUGAGUGGCUCAAGGACAAAGUGCAGAGUGAGGGUGGCAGGAAGCAGCCACAAGCCAAAGUCACGGACCUUCUUCCCAUGGCUCACCAGCUGGGCUGCACUGUGGCGCAGCUUGCUAUUGCGUGGUGUCUCCGCAGCGAGGGUGUCAGCUCGGUCUUGCUGGGGGUGUCAAGUGCAGCGCAGCUGCUGGAACACCUGGGAGCCCUGCAGGUGCUGAGCCAGCUGACGCCGCAGACGGUGAUGGAGAUAGACGGGCUUCUGGGGAACAAGCCGCCUUCCAAGAAAUAG